UGUGAUUCGAAAUACGCAAGCGGACAAGUGGGCAGAGCAAGAUUUUAUCAUCGGAAAUUCUCGUCGCAUGGCAUGACCGGUUCGGUAGAUCUGCAAGAUAUUUUAUUAAAAUUGGAGUACAUUUCAAUAGACGACAGAAAUGCAGCGCAAUAUACUUAAAAUCGUGAAUUUCCAGCUAUUACAGAGGCGCUUCUUCAAAAAGUAUCAUGUUAGGGUUAGAUUCGCACCGAGUCCAACCGGUCAUUUGCACUUAGGUGGACUGCGUACUGCUUUGUACAAUUAUUUAUUUGCACGUAGCAAUAAUGGCACUUUUAUUCUGAGAAUAGAAGAUACUGAUCAAACAAGAACCAUUCCCGGAGCAAUGGAAAAGCUUCAGGAUGAUUUACUGUGGGCAGGGAUUAUAUCUGAAGAAGAUCCUAUCAGAGGUGGUCCUGUUGGUCCUUAUAAACAGUCAUCACGUCUUGAAUUAUAUAAGGAACAAGUACUUAAACUUCUAGAGAAUGGAUCUGCCUACUAUUGUUUUUGCACAGAGAAAAGACUGGAAUUGUUAAGAAAAGAGGCAAUGAAAUGUGGACAAGUACCUAAAUAUGAUAACAGGUGUCGACAUUUCAGUAAAGAUGAAGUGAAAGAAAUGUUUAGAAAAAACUCAACUUAUUGCAUUAGAUUUAAAUUAUCGUCUACACCAGAAUCCUUUAACGAUAUAGUUUAUGGAGAAAUUUUGCAUGACAUUGCUAAAACAGAAGGAGAUCCAAUUAUUAUAAAAUCAGAUGGCUAUCCCACUUAUCACUUUGCAAAUGUGGUUGAUGAUCAUUUUAUGGAGAUAUCUCAUGUCUUGCGAGGUGUUGAAUGGCAAGUCUCUACACCCAAACAUAUUAUGCUUUAUAAAGCAUUUGGUUGGGAUCCUCCUAUAUAUGGGCACUUACCUUUAAUACUAAAUGCUGAUGGGUCUAAGUUGUCGAAGAGACAGGGUGACAUAAAGAUUGAGUCAUUUAGGAAGCAGGGUAUUUUUCCUUUAGCGUUAUUGAAUUAUGUGAUAGGUGCUGGUGGUGGUUUUCAUGGAGACAAGGAAUACCAAAAUCUUUACAGUUACCAAGAAUUAAUUAAAAGGUUUGAUGUUAAUAAAAUAAAAUCAAGUUCUGGCAAACUUAUGCCUGAAAAACUGUUGGAAUUCAAUAAGCUGGAAAUAGCAAACUUGGCAAGAAAUGAAAAGAACCAUGAAUUUUUGAUUGAAAAGAUUAAGAAAUUAGUAUUAGAAGCAUUUCCAGAACGGAAAAAUGACGGAAGUUUGCAACUGGAUGAUCAUCACAUAAUCACCACAUUAAAAUGGGCACAGAACAGAAUAUCAACGCUUAAUGAUCUUGUCAAAAAGGACCUAACUUUUUUAUGGGUUCCACCUUCUGUGCCAAAUAUUGAACAAGUUAAUUGCACAGACGCAAUUAAACUGUUAAACACAGAAUUAGCUGAAAUAGAUGCAAUCAAUUAUCAGACUUGUUGGAUGGUUUCAUAUCUUGAAGAUUUUGCCCAAAAGCAUAGAAUUCCGUUUCCCAUUUUGAUGAAAAUUCUGAGAAGCGUUUUGAGUGGUGCAAAAGUUGGACCACCUGUUGCUGAAAUGAUGGAAAUUCUCGGAAAGGAUAGAACAUUGUUACGAUUACAGCGCUGCGUUUCUUGAGAAUUUAUACACAUCGUUUAAUUGCAUUACUUGUACUACACGGAUUAGAGGUACACGUAUUAAUGUAUGUAUGAAGUAAUUCUGCAAUUUGCAUGCAUUCUUUAUGAAACUGAUGUCCACAUAAUUGCAUUUGAACAGUUGGAGAAAAUAUAAAGACUUAUAGCUUACUGCUCUUCAUAUAAUGUGAAAUGGAUACUAGUCAAUGGAUACAGUCAUAUUUUAUGUGUAAUUAAUUAUAUAUAUAAGAUAGUUAAAUAAUAGGUGAAUAGAAGUAUGGGGAUAAUUAUAGAUAAAGAGAGAGAGAGAGAGAGAGAGAGAGAGAGAGAGAGAGAAAGAGAUAUUUUGUCUACAUUAUAACAUAUAUAAAUUUCCGUUUUUGUGUCUCACAAUAACUUCUAUAUUUUUGACGGUCUGAAAAACUAAUAUUUCUAUAUCUUUUGCUGAAAUAAAAUUCGCUUUACAAAUA